UUCUCUCACACACACACUCACACACACACUCUUGUUGGAGUCAUCUCAGACACACACUGUCUUCAUCUCCGACUAUCAAUCAUGCUUGACGUAGCGACAGAGGCGCUGACUACCGUGAUAGAACUCAUCCAGUCCAUCAUGGCGACCCGGCCCAAGGUGCACAAGGAGCGCGUGGCCCGGCUGAAGACCCGCGUCUCCAUAGUGGACCAGCAGCUCACGUCCGCCGCCGGCUCCGUCUCAGACUCGGCCCAUCUGCAGCAGAACCUGGCCAGACUGCAGGAGCUUCUGAACGACAUGUUGAAGUUGUUGAGACAGCUGGAGGACGAGGGUUGGCUCAAGCGUAUCUUCAAAAACGCACUCCACAUGGAUGACGAGUUUGAAGAGCUGAACCAGCGUUUGACUCAGGAGUCCAUGUCGCUCGUGCUCUCCCUGAACAUCGACGCCAGAGUGCUGCAGCAGACCUUCAACCAGGAGAGGAGGAGGACGGAGGACCAGAGCGACCGCGUCACAGACAUCAAGGUCCUGGAGGAGAUGAAGGAGACUCUGUUGUCGGUGAAGAAAGACACAAAACAGAUCAUAGGCAUGAUGGAGGAGAACAAGAAAUCAGGCAGCGCUCCAGUGUCCCCUGUAGAGGUCAAGGUCGUGUUCCAGAACCCAUCUGCUCAUGCCGAGGCUGCUCCCCCUCCUCCUCCCUACUCCCCUGUGGGCCAGCCCACGCAUAUGCCCAUGGUGUACCAGACACAACAACAGCAGGUGUACCAGACACAACAACAGCAGGUGUACCAGACACCGCAAAUGCAGACCCACCCACAGCAGGCUUUCAUGUACCAGACACAGCCAAUGCAGACCCACCCACAGCAGGCAGGUCCUAUGGCCCAGCAGCAGCCAACACAGAUACAACCGCAGCAGACUCAGGUGAUCAUUUGUGCUGGUGACCUUGGCGAUGUUUCCACCAUGACGACGUGUCGGAACUGUGGAGAGAAGGUCCAGACAAGAGUGGUGCAUCACAGUGGCGCUUUUGCCUGGCUCAUAUGUGGACUCUGCAUUCUGUUUGGGCUGGUGUGUGGCUGCUGUGUUAUCCCCUUCUUUGUGGACAGCUGCAAAGACGUCCAUCACUUCUGCAGCAAAUGCAAUGUCAACCUGUCCAUCCACAAGAGAAUGUAGCGUACACACACACACACACACACACACACACACACGCAUGCACGCAUGCACGCACACACACACAGAGAGACAGCCGCAAAGAUGUCCAUCACUUCUGCAGCAAAUGCAAUGUCAACCUGUCCAUCCACAAGAGAAUGUAGCGUACACACACACACACACACACACACACACGCAUGCACGCAUGCACGCACACACACACAGAGAGACAGCCGCAAAGAUGUCCAUCACUUCUGCAGCAAAUGCAAUGUCAACCUGUCCAUCCACAAGAGAAUCCUGUAUUUUUGUACUAUACUGUAGGCAUUGACUGUAGACAAUGGGUGAAAAGACUCCACUGGAAAAAAUACUUUUAGUAUCUUUUCAGAUUCUAGUGCUCCCCAUAUCCAUAGUGGAGAUUGUAAUUGGUGUGCUGUACCUGGAUAGCUGUCCGGUACAGGAGAACAUACCUGUCUACCUGCUGGUGACGGGAGUCUUCACCUUGCCCCUGGUGCUUCUAGCCUGCCUCCCCCACAACCGACCCAUAGUAUACACCUGCAUCGUAUGGAACUUCAUCUUCUCCCUCUUCCUCUUGUGUUGGGUCAUUGCAGGUAGUAUGUGGAUCUAUUCAAUAUACCAGCCCAAUUACAACUCAACUGCAGGGAUCUACUGUGACAAGACUGUCUACCUAUUUGCAUGUUGGAUGAGCCCACUGAAUGUCAUAAUAGCAGGGGGAGGCAUUGCUGUGUGUCACUUAACGUUUAAAUCACUUUUCUCAAAAAUUGCAGCCUGUCUAUUGGGCUGACACUUCUUAACCAAAUCAACUCCCAACAAGCUAUCCUUAAGUGUAUCGGCUACGGAUGAUUAAUGGCAAUUUCAUAUAUGGCCUUUUCACCUUCAGGACCUUU